GCAACCAUCUCUUAUUUGUAAAACUAGAAAUUUUGCAAAAGAAUCGCUAGUCGCGAUUCGCUAUAUUUAGAAAUUUCUUUUGGGAGAAGGAACCGUUAAAGUUGAGGAACCCGUAAGUUUUUACGGUUUCGGAGGUUCCGUGUCGUGUCGCUUCUUUUCUGAAUGUUGAAGCUACGGUGCAACAAUGUGGACAACGAAGACCGUAGUGAAGUCUUGAAGUUUCAAAUCUAUUCAGCAAUUCAUGGGACGCGGCCGACAACUUGUUGUACAAGGCGAAAGAAAUUUUAGACGAACGAAACACGUUUACCGCGAGUAUUGAACCAUUUAUAAAGCACCUGAAACCAUGUCCGUGACCUUUGCUCAACGCGGUAGGCCGCCACCAAAUCCUGCCCAAAUACAGAAGAUGCUUGAUGAGAAUAGUCAGCUGAUACAGACAAUCCAAGAAUAUCAGAACAAGGGAAAGCCACAAGAAUGUAUACAAUAUCAACAGAUGUUACAUCGUAAUUUGGUAUACUUGGCAUCAAUUGCUGAUGCUAAUCAAAAUAUACAAGCAUUAUUACCUCCUCCACAGGGAAUACCUAAUGGUCCGCAGCAUGCUAUGAUGAAUCCUCAAGCCCUACCCACUCCUCCUGCAGGUUCUGGUGGACCUGUAGGGGAGAUGCCACCAAACAGUCAACCUACAUUGCCAAUGUCAAGCUUUAAUCAAGGACAGCCAAUGUCACAGGGUGGAUACCGUGGCCCUGUUAUGUCUGGACAAGGACCUGCUAUAAAUAGACCACCUACUGCACCUGGACCACAACAAUAUAGAGGACCUCAAGGCUAUCCCCAGCAACCUUCUCAACAGGGUUAUCCUGCUCAGUACGGUAAUCAAAAUCCUGGCUCCAAUUAUCAAGGCCCGCAAGGAUCAGCGUACACUCCAGGACAACCGAAUCAAUACGGGCCACCGAACGCAUCUCCGCAACAGGGAUACAAUACAUCGACACAACCAAAUUACGGCCCUCCAACUACAGUAAACAGUUACGGUCCGCAACCGGGCGGAUAUCCACCGCCGGGAACUACUCAACCUCCCACAGGCUAUGGCCCGCCACCUCCGAAUCAACAAGGUUAUCCACCUACUAAUCCUUCGCAACAAAACUUUCCGUCGAGUGGCCAACAGCAACAACCAGGACAAUAUGGCAGUCCUAGCCCACAACCAAACUACCAGCAACCUCCAGCUCAGCCGCCGCCUCAGAAUGCAUACGGAGGUGGUCAGCCUGGAAAUUAUCCUCCCCCUUCGUCUCAGGCGUACGCAAAUAAUGUUCCGCCGCAGAAUUAUCCAGCUCCUCCAGCAUCCAGUACGUCACAGCCACCGCAACCCGGAUCCCAACAGAACACUGGUCCCCAGCCUAAUUACGGGAAUCAGCCAAGCCCCGGACCAGGUGCAACACAGUACGGACCAGCCUCUACGUCUCCUCCGUUUAGCACUGCCUCUGCAAGCGGAGGCAAUACUUAUGCCCAAAGCAGCCAACCGACAAGUACACCGUCAGCCUCGACUCAAACCUAUCCACCGAGCAGUGGACCACCACCUACAUCUCAAGGCGGCAGCUACGCCCCAUCUGGUCCGGCUCCAUCCGGGUAUCCGGUCCAUCAAACGCCUCAUCCAACGUCCCAUCCGCCUCAUCAACCGCCCCAUCAGUCUCCUCAUCAGUCUCCUCAUCAGCCUCCUCAUGCGCCUCAUCAAUCACCGCAUCAACCCUCUCAUCAAUCGUCCCAUCAACCACCUGCGCAUCAAUCUCCCCACCAAGCGCAACAAUCUCAACAACAAUCGCAGACCCCGCCACAGUCACAACAGCAACAAUCUCAAAGCCCUGCGCCAAGUGGAUUCCAGCCACCAUCAGGACCUCCGCAGGGUCCUCCUGCUCCACCACCAGGUCCACAGCCACAACCUGGCUAUGGGCCAGCUACUACGCAGACGUAUGUACCGCCAACUCCAGGUGGACAGCCACAGGUAUAUACUCCUCAUCCUCCGCAAGGUGGUCAACAUUACGGACACCCACAAUAUCCUCCGCAAAGUUAUCCACCUCCACCAGCAGGACAAGGAUAUCCGCAGUAUCCACCACGACCUCCUGGCGGUCACAUGCCUCCUCCACCCGGGCCCCAGGGACCUCCACCACCUAAUCAAUACGGUGGUUACGGAUAUCAACCACCUCCACAAUAGAGUAUAUUAAUGUAAAUUCGUAUAGUAUUCAAACUAAUAUAAAUGGUUCAAUUGCAAGUAUGGAACAAAUGGCAUAUAACGUUUUAAUUUAAUUCUUGCUGUCAUAUCGUCCGAUGUUACGUAACGAGGCAAAUAAUAUAAAGUUUUA